AUGCUUAGAUCUGUUAGACCUUCCUCCAAGAACGCCACCAUGGCCAUGAGAUCGAUGAGAUGUCUCUCUUCUUUCAACGAGAUCCCACUUGCUCCUCCAGACAAGAUUCUCGGGAUCUCCGAGGCCUACGUCAAGGACACCAACUCCAAGAAGAUUAACCUUGGUGUCGGUGCCUACAGAGACAACACCGGUAGACCAAUCAUCUUCCCAUCUGUCAAGAAGGCUGAACAAAAGCUUUUGGAAGUUGAAACUGAAAAGGAAUACACUGGAAUCACUGGUUCCAAGAACUUCCAAAACAUUGUUAAGAACUUCAUCUUCAACAACUCUGGUAAGGAUGUCAAUGGUGCCAAAUUGAUCGAAGAAGGCCGUAUUGUCACCGCUCAAACCAUCUCUGGUACCGGUUCUCUCCGUGUCAUUGCCGACUUUUUGAACCGUUUCUACCCAAAGAAGCACAUUUUGGUUCCAAAGCCAACCUGGGCCAACCACAUUGCUGUCUUCAACGAUGCUGGAAUCUCCCUGGACUUCUAUGCCUACUAUGACACCAAGACCAACGGAUUGGACUUUGCCAACUUGAAGAAGUCUCUUGAAGCUGCCGAAAACGAAACCAUUGUCUUGCUCCACGCCUGUUGUCACAACCCUACUGGUAUGGACUUGACCGCUGAACAAUGGGAAGAAGUUCUUGCCAUCGUGCAAGCCAAGAAGCUUUUCCCAUUGAUUGACAUGGCCUACCAAGGUUUUGCCCUGGGUGACCCAUACAAGGAUAUCUCCUUGAUCCGUAGAAUGAACGAAUUGGCCGUAGAAGGUAAGAUUCCAACCUACGCCUUGUGUCAAUCCUUUGCCAAGAACAUGGGUCUUUACGGUGAAAGAACCGGUUCUAUUUCCAUCAUCACCGAAGCCAAGGAAACCUCCACUGCUGUCGAAUCUCAAUUGAAGAAGUUGAUCAGACCAACCUACUCUUCUCCACCAAUCCACGGUUCCAAGAUUGUUGAACAAAUCUUUGCCAACGAAUCCUUGUACCAAGAAUGGUUGACCGAUUUGGACAGUGUUGUUGGUCGUUUGAACACCAUCAGAACCGCCUUGUACGAAAAGUUGGACAAGACCAACUACAACUGGGACCACUUGCAAAAGCAAAGAGGUAUGUUUAUCUUCACUGGGUUGUCCAAGGAACAAGUGAUAGAAUUGAGAGAAAAGUACUCUGUUUACGCCACUGAAGACGGACGUUUCUCCAUUUCUGGUGUCAACGACAAGAAUGUUGACUACUUGGCCGAUGCUAUCAACAAGGUUGUUAGCAAGUAG